GUUGCUGCUUACACAUUGCAUUCCCUUUAUGUCCCACCACCACCACAAUCCAACAGGAUUCUUCUCCAAUAUCUUUCGUUCAAUAUUCCGUCCAGAUCAGUCAAAUGCAAACGCUGGUGGGAGUAGUAACGGCUCGCACGAGCACCCCGCAGACCCGACAUCACGCGAUGUCGACAUGACCGCCGUUGAUGCGGUCAACAACGCCAGCAGCUACUCUACAGUUUCUCGCUCUCAUACAGUUACACUCUCCACACACCACAUGAAUGAAAACAAUUACGACGAAGACGAAGACCUUCCUCCUUUACAAGCCGUUUCUGACACCGAGUCUGAGGAUGGUGGUGAUGGGGAGGAAGCAAUGCAGAAUGGAAGCAUUCCACCCUCGUCAACGGCCUCAAAUGUCUCUUCCUAUGCUCCUUCUCCUGCACCUUCCACCAUCAGAAGUGGCCAGCGCAGAGCAAGGGUUGAUGAGGACGAUGAUGGAGAUCAAGAGAGGGACCGACGACACCCUAGUCAAAGGGCAGCAUCUAGAAUAGCAUUAACGAGCGCAGCAUUCAAUAAUGUACAAGGCGAUAUGCACAUGUCUAAUGUUACGUCUUCCAGUAAUUCACGCAGUAGCAGCAUUCCUAAUGGUCCCAAUAAUGGUACGAAUACUAGUAAUGAUACUGACGGUCCCACGUUUAUGCAAUCCCUUUACCGCGAUGCACUGCCAUUUGCGAACUCGCCGUUACCGAGCGGCAGCAAUCCGAGUAUCCCUCAUUAUCAUCAUAUCAUACAUCAUCACCCUCAUAGUCUGACCCGUAAUGCCCACGAAGGUUUCGGUGGUGGUGUGCCAGGAGUUGGACUACGCGCUGCUGGCGAAGCCAGAAACAUACCUCCACCGCCCGGAACGUUCUCUCGUAUACUUUCUAGAUUUCAUUCGGCGCACCUAGGCUCUGGACGCAAUCAAUCAUUGGGAAGGCCAUCUCAGAAUUCUAAUUCUAGCGAUUCAUCUGUUCGGCAAACAACGCCAACGCAGUCACAAGGACCAAAUCGUGGCAGUCACCCUCACAAUACCCAGCCACCUCCAACUGCAGGCACAGGCAAUAUGUUUUCUGGGCCUGGACCUGGGCCAUCCCUUGUCAUACCAGUUCCUUUCGGUGCCCUACCUAGUUUACUGAGAGCGAUUGGUUCCGCCAUUGGCGAGAAUUCGAACAUUGUCCCAGGUAAUGAUACGCGGGUGCCCACUGAAGGUGGUACUCGGGGAGCUGGACCUGAAAAUAAUAACGGGCAAGAGAAUGCCAAUCAGUCUCCGUUUUCAAUGCUCGGUGGCAUCGGUGUCGUCCCCGGUCUCGAUCGAGGGGACGGGUUCACAAUUCCUCUUCCCCCUGGUGGUUUCAAUCUGUUCAACCAUCCUUUGUUCUCAUUUACAGAAGAACGAGAAACUGAUGACGCCAAUCGUGGACGUCUGGUCGUUGAUGGGCUGGAGGAAGUCGACGAGGGUCUGGUACGGAGACUUGAGAAGGUGAACCAAGCUCUCGGCGAAGAGGAUGGUUCCGGUUGUGCCGUUUGCUGGGAGAGUCUCUUGGAUGGGGCAGAAGGUGAAUGGGACACGAAGGAAGGCGAUAGUUUCGCCACCGCUCCUUCUACACCUCAGCCACCUACACACGGCCCAUCGUUGCAACGGGAGGAGGCCAAGGCGCCAGAUUCGACUGACGGGCCUAAGCAACAAAACAAAAAGAAGAUAGUUUCCUUACCCUGUGCACACAUCUUUCACGCAGAGUGUCUGAUCCCCUGGUUUUCUCGGCCUAGGCAGACUACGUGUCCAGUGUGCAGAUUCGAUCUGGAUCCUGAAGGAAGGGUGUGGGGCCGGAGAAGAAGGAGAGGCAUGCCGAUGGGAAUGGGCGGUUUUUUCGGUGUACCUCCCCCAAUGCCCGCGGGAACACCAGCUGCACCCCCAGGAGGCAAUGACGGCAAUAAUGAUCAUCCAGCAAACGUUGAGUUUUUAAACGAUAUGGUGUCCCUCGCAGAGUUGAGCAGGCUAUUUGGAGGUGGUAGAGGUCCUGGCCCAACCCCCGAUUCUGCCCCUGCGGCCAACACUACGGGUGGUCCUCAAACAACGAACACAGAAGCGCCGCAACAAUCCGCUCGACCGACUGAUGCGACGCCACAAAAUCCUCCCAACAAUCCUGAAGAUGCGAAUCCUACCAAUGCAAACAAUGAUACCUCUUCAGAUGGCACGAUACAAGGUUUCAUAGAACGAAUGGUGCUUAGGAUGCUCGGACCACCAUUUUCUAAUGAAGUGACCGCUGGUGAUGGAGCCAAUACUCGCCAACCUCGCGUUCGUGUCUUGAACACCGGGCAAGGACCAAUCCAAGUCGUGAUGGACUUGAGUGCAGGUGGUAAUGUUGGAGCAACACCCACCACAGCGGAGCCGGCGACUUCCCAGACACCCAACCAAUCUGCCGUGUCACCUGAGCAAUCACAACAAUCGACCGCGAUGCCACCACCAAAUUCGCCGGAUGCAAAUGUAACUGGUACCGCAGCAGGACAUAGACACGAUCCUCGUGGUGGACCGGUUUUCACUAUCGGAUUCGACAUGAUCAUUGGGCCUCCAGGUUCUGACGUUGUUCCCGGAUUUGCGUUACCAACUGGCUUUCCUAUGGGUAACAUGAGAGGGCGGACCAACAGGGACGCUCCUACUCCUGCCAUCCCGGCCUCCAAUGGGACCACGCGAAGCAAUGAAAACUCUGCGGAUGAAUCACGUUCACGUUCGCAACCUUCUUCUCCACCUCGACCAACCGCAACUCCGCAAUACCAGACAUUACGUCCCGAUAAUGUCGUCGCUGAAGGAACGGGGGAUGGGGACAAUUCUGCUCCCAACUUCGACGAGGAUGGCGACGUUAUCAUGGAGUUUGAACAGAUCUUCUCUCCCAUCGACGAUAGAGCGCGAGAAGAGCACAGUCGCUUGCAUUCUCGGUCUACGUCGACCCCGUCGCAGACUUCAAGGUCUUCCUCUAGUUUCCCCGGAGCACGACCCUCAAGGCACAAUGGACCACGUUCAUCUCGUACCCCAAGUGGGUCGGGUCCUCACUUCUCCCGUGAUGAUUCUGGAUUUAGUUAUUCUGGGACUGCAUCCUCUAUGGAGGAUGCGAUGAGACAGAUCAACGAAACCCUAUUAGCACAUGGUAACCCGAUGCCGAUGCCGAUGGCUAUGAGGAACCCGAGAAGACCUGCGCCUCCUGAACGGCAACCACGCCCCAGACCCAGACCUUCAACAACGGUAUUACCACCCUGGAUGUCGUCUAGUGGCAAUAAUGGUUCGUCUGGAAAUUCCAAUCCAACAGAUACUGGUGACACAUCUGCUUCACGCUCGGACUCAGCUCGAGGUCCUGCUCAAGCUUCCGGCUCUUCGCCCGUGCAAGUCCAACCCCCACAACCAGCGCCAGUAAUCCCUCCCCCUCCAAUUCACGUUUCUUUACCACCUCGCCCGCCUGCUCAAGCGCAGACGCCACCAUCCGCACCUCAGCCCUUCCCUACACAAACCCCACCGUCACAAUCGCCGCCAAGAACACAAAAUAGUUCUAAUGAUGACAACACUUACAUGACGUUUGACCAGUUCCUUAGGUCUUGGAACGGUGAGGAGCGACCACCACCAACAUUACCUCCGUUACCGACGCUUCCCCGAACCCAAACGUCUGCUAAUCCUCGACCUCCGCCUCAGCGUCGAUGGACACAGAGCUCAUUCUUUUCACCGCCAUCUACCCCUCCCCUUGCGGAGCAAAAAUGGGCUCCUCCACCUGCACCCGGUCCAACGUUCCGCGGACGGGUCGAGAAGAAGGAACGUGAAGCAGGUUUCAGAUGUUGGGAUAUGAGUUGCGGGAUCGGUCCCUCGGAUGACGAUCCGGUAGUCGUAGAACCAGAGAAAAAGAAACAGGUGCAUAUCAUGCAAAAGUCACCUAGCCUGGAUAAAGGCAAAGGGAAGGCAAAGGAAGACGAGGACGAGUUAGAUACCAAAAAGAAGAUGAACGUCAUAUGUGAGCAUACCUUCCAUCCAUCGUGUCUCGUCUCCGCUAGUCGGGUGGCGAACCCGAUGUGGGCUGCCGCGGGAGACGCUGCACAGAGUGAGGAGGUUUUGGUUUCGUGUCCUGUUUGUCGAACUGCGGGCGUUGUAUCAAGGGAGGUUUGGGAGGAAGGUGCAAAGACUUGUUAGACUUUACCCCUUCAAAUUCUGUCCGCUCUGUCAUUGGAUUUCAUGUGUUACCAGUACAAUCGAAUCUCAUAUUUAUCAGUCCUUCACCGUCUCUCUCCUACUUAUUCGAGACUUUAGCAUGCAUACCUUCUUUGCUCUGUGCGAUUUUGUUGUGUUGCUCGCUCGUUAUGUAUAUACACCCAAGUAGGCGGAACUUGUAUGUACCAACAACAUUUCUAGAAAAAAAACCCAAUUGCCAGGGC